UCAAAGUGUGUGACGUGACCUAAGGGCCCUGUCCGCUGUCUUCCUGCUGACUGAAUGACAGAGCAUGACAUUGUGAACAAUGGCAACGCCGGCUGCUGAAAAGGCUAAAACUAGGCCAUUCCAGUCCUGCUGGACACAAGAGUUUGGUUUUGUAUUUGUGAAGGACCGUGCUGUGUGCACUUUAUGCUGUGAGAAUGUUGUGUGCAGAACUUCAAGUGUUAAGCGCCAUUUUGAGACGAAGCACGAGAAGACCUUCAAAGAUCAAGCAGACAAAGUAGAGUCAAUUAAAACGUGCUGUCUCCAGAUAUGGAAAACAAGCUAGCUCCUUCAAGGUUUUUACCACUGCUAAAAAUCACGGGACAGAAGCAAGCUAUCACAUUGCGCAUUGCAUUGCAAAGCAUGGGAAGCCGUUUACGGAUGGCGAAUUUAUUAAGGAGGCUUUUCUCAGUUGCUCAGAUGCUCUUUUUGAAAGCUUGCCAAAUAAAGAAACCAUCAAGUCACGAAUAAAGGACAUUCCCACGUCAGCUAGAAGUGUUCAGCGACGUAUUGAUGAAAUGGCUGAGAAUGUCAGAGCAGAGCAAACAGCUGGAUUAAAAGAUGCUGCGGUAUUUAGCAUUGCACUUGAUGAAAGCGUGGAUGUGAAUGACAUCCCGCGUUUGGCAGUCAUGGCAAGGUACUGUGAUUCAACUGUCAGAGAGGAACUAUGCUGCGUGAAGCCAAUGCCUGACACUACAAAAGGUGAAGAAGUGGCCAAGGCAUUUAUUGAACAUUUUGAAGAACGAGGGAUUAACAUCAGAAAAGUGUUUGCAGUGACCACAGACGGCGCCCCCGCUAUGGUUGGGAGACACAAGGGAGCUGUCAAACUGAUUGAAGAAAAAGUCGGCCACCCCAUCAUGAAACUCCACGGCAUAAUACAUCAGGAAAAUCUGUGCGCAAAAAUGUCAAAUUCGGAUCUCAAUGAAGUUAUGGCCUUGGUGACAAAGAUUAUUAACUUCAUAGUGAAGCGAUCUGCACUGACGCACCGGCAGUUUCAGUCCCUGCUCGAGGAGCUGGACAGGGAAUAUAGAGAUUUGCCUCUCCACUCAGCAGUGAGAUGGCGGAGUUGCGGAAAAGUUCUGGAGCGAUUUGUCAGCUGCUUUGAUGCUAUCAAGGCCUUUCUGAAUGAAAAGGGCCAAAUAUAUCCAGAACUGGAGGACGAGAAGUGGAUUGUGAAGCUUAUGUUUCUGGCGGACAUUACGGGACAUCUGAACGUGCUCAAUCUCAGACUGCAAGGUGCAGGACAAACUGUUUUGGACAUGUAUGAGACAUGGACGGCUUUUGUCG